AUGAGGGGAAAUGGCACCAAGUGGCAACACAGGGAGUUCCACUUCAACAUGAGAAGAAACUUCUUUUGUGUGAGGAUAAGAUGCCAGAACUACAUCCUCUUCCUCCACAAGAUAAAUGACUCCAACCUCUACGUUUGUGGAACCAAUGCCUAUCACCCAACUUGUGAUCACAUGGUUAUCCAUGGAACAAACAUGAGCCUGCAAGGAAGAGAUGAAGAGGGCAGAGGGAAGUGCCCAUUUGAACCAACUCUAAAUUAUGCCUCUGUUUUUGUAGAUGGGGAAUUUUAUUCAGCCACUUCAAAUAACUUCUUGGGAACAGAACCCAUAAUACUCCGCAGUAUGAGAAACCCAGUGAGAACAGAGUUCACAACAUCGUGGCUAAAUGAGCCAAGCUUUGUCAACAUGAAAAUAGUGCAUGAGAGUGAAUCCAGCCCAACUGGAGAUGAUGAUAAAAUUUAUGUGUUCUUCACUGAAACAGCUGUUGAAUUUGAAUUCUAUGACAAGGUUUUGGUGUCCAGAAUUGCCCGGGUCUGCAGGGGUGACCUCGGUGGAAAACGCGUAUUGCAGAGGAGAUGGACGUCGUUUUUAAAAUCCCACCUUGCCUGUUCCCUUCCAGAAUUAAACUUCCAUUUCAACAUUAUCCAGGACAUCUUUUUCCUUAGAAGAAGAAGAUGGCAGGACAGCAUAUUUUAUGGAAUUUUCUCCCAGCAAUGGUAA